CAUAUUCACGUGAUAAUACGUUCUGUUUUCGUUGUGGGAAUACCGAGAAAAGUGCAAACUACAAUCUUAGAUUUCGCUUUACAAUUCUCAUUUCUGUACAUCUGGUACAUAUUGGAAUAAAUUAACAAGAAGAUUACCGUCUGCCUCAUAUGUAGUGGGAUAAGUUAGCAUUCAUUCAGUUCGUACUGAAAAGUAGUGUUAACGUGCAACUUAAGUCAUCGCCAACUGAUAGAUUUCAGACCAUCUUCCACUCGCAGAUUACAGCAAAUUAAAUCAUCAGCUCUUAACAGUGAAACAUCCAUAAAACUAAAGUGGCUGCAGUAAAGUUCAAAUCUAGAAAUAUAAAAAAGUUUAGCUUCAAGUGUGUAUUCAUGGUUUGGAAGGCAAACUCCAGAACUUAAAAACCAGCACUUCAGCUGAUAACGAUGUGUCGUGGAUUGCGGAAAAUUGCAUCUUAAUGGGCAAAGAAAGGGCUAAUCGAAUCAUGGCAGAAUCAGAGCGUGGCGGCGACGACAGCGAGGGCGUCGCCUUGGCGAUGUCACCAAAAGCACAAAUCACGAAAACUCAAACACCAAGGAAUGAAUUAAUUGAUCCUGAUCAACGUGAAACAUGGGCCGGAAAAGUAGAUUUUUUAUUAUCGGUUAUUGGAUUCGCAGUCGACUUAGCAAACGUUUGGCGAUUUCCAUAUUUGUGCUACAAAAAUGGCGGUGGCGCUUUCUUGGUACCAUACUGUGUAAUGCUCCUAGUGGGUGGGAUACCCCUUUUCUAUAUGGAGUUGGCCCUGGGUCAGCAUAAUCGAAAAGGUGCGAUUACCUGUUGGGGCCGACUAGUGCCAUUGUUCAAAGGAAUUGGUUAUGCUGUUGUUCUUAUUGCGUUCUAUGUCGAUUUUUAUUACAAUGUUAUCAUCGCGUGGUCACUGCGGUUCUUCUUUGCAUCAUUUACAAGCGUUCUGCCAUGGACAUCGUGCACUAACUCAUGGAAUACGGAUGACUGCAAACCUUUUGGAUUCCAGCAUAUCAAUCAAAAUGUAACGAUUAGUAAUGAAACCGGUUUGGCAGGGGUGAACUCAACAGUGACUACAACUUUAUUAUUAGACAACGAAACGAUUUCUUCCAUGAAAUUUCAGUCGGCAGCUUUAGAAUAUUUUAAUCGAUAUAUUUUAGAACUUAAUGAAAGUAAUGGAAUACACGAUUUAGGAGCAAUUAAAUGGGAUAUGGCUGUUUGCUUACUUAUAGUCUACCUAAUAUGUUACUUUUCGUUAUGGAAAGGAAUAAGUACAUCUGGAAAGGUGGUUUGGUUUACUGCUUUAUUUCCUUACGUAGUUUUGUUAAUCUUACUCAUACGUGGAAUAACGUUGCCUGGUUCAGCAAUGGGCAUUCAGUAUUACCUGAAUCCAAACUUUGAUGCCAUCUACAAGCCUGAAGUUUGGGUCGAUGCAGCAACUCAAGUUUUCUUUUCCCUUGGACCGGGAUUUGGCGUUCUUUUGGCAUACGCUUCCUAUAAUAAAUACCAUAACAAUGUUUACAAGGAUGCUUUGCUCACCAGCUGCAUUAACUCAGCAACAAGCUUUGUAGCUGGAUUUGUGAUAUUCUCUGUGUUGGGCUACAUGGCUCAUUCGUCUGGACAGCAUAUUGAAGAUGUUGCUACCGAGGGUCCAGGACUUGUUUUUGUUGUUUAUCCAGCAGCUAUUGCCACAAUGCCGGGCAGCACAUUUUGGGCGUUGAUAUUUUUUAUGAUGUUGUUAACGUUAGGUUUGGAUAGUUCAUUUGGAGGAUCCGAAGCAAUUAUUACAGCAUUGAGUGAUGAAUUUCCCACCAUCGGAAGAAAUCGUGAAAUUUUUGUUGCAGGACUGUUCAGUUUGUAUUUCCUAGUGGGGCUUGCCAGCUGCACUCAGGGUGGUUUCUACUUUUUCCAGUUAUUAGAUCGAUACGCUGCAGGAUAUUCAAUAUUGAUUGCUGUAUUCUUUGAAUCCCUUGCCGUAUCAUGGAUUUAUGGAACGAAGAGAUUUUGUAAUGACAUCCGUGAUAUGAUUGGCUUCCGUCCUGGCUUGUAUUGGCGAGUCUGCUGGCGAUUUGUUGCUCCUUUAUUUUUAUUGUUCAUCAUAGUUUAUGGAUUAGUGUUUUACGAACCUCUUAGUUAUGAAGGAUACGUCUACCCUGAAUGGGCAAAUAUCCUGGGCUGGUGUAUUGCGGGAUCUUCGAUGAUGAUGAUUCCGGUCAUGGCAAUCUACCAAAUUUUAACAACACCUGGCAGCCUUAAGAAGAGAUUGCGGACACUUACAACACCUUGGCGAGACCAGCAAACAAAUUUAAAUGGCGUUACGACGGAGCCAACACAAGUUCGUCUAACAGCCUCCAAGGAGGGCGAAGAAGUUUGAGGACGACCAUUUGCAAGAUUUCAAGUGUACUAUGUUUAAUUUCGUAGAGUUAUUCAAUACAGAAUGUUACGUAAAAUAUAAUAUAUUACUAUAUACAUGAUUAGCAAUAACAAAUGACGUAAAACAAAUCUAGAAUUGACAAAAAGCAGUUUGUGUGUAGCAAGUAAGACCAUUUUUUCGAGGGAAGGUAGCUAUGAAUUUAACAAGGACUUAAUCCUAUUCACCUACAGUUCAGGAAUACUCGUUUUUUUAGUGAAACCUGUACAGUUCUCACGGACCUAUUGCAGUUGAUGAAGCAUAGCGUGUUGUUGAGAAAAUCAUAUUUAUGUAUUGUUGCAAAUGUAUUUUUGGUGGUUUGGAAGCUGAAAAUGCAUUUAUUUAUUAUGAAAAUGCUGUGUAGAUAAUAGUGUGAUCGAAUAAGAAGUUGUUUUCGCUUUGUUAUUGUAAAAAACAUUGUAUUCACUCCACAACUCUGUGAAUAUUAGUGACAAAAGGUUAGAAAUUCCAAGGAACUUUAAUAGCAUGAUCUUCUGCAAUGUGUACAUACAACAAAUGCUGAAAGCGUAAUAGAAGCUUUAAUGGACCAAAUAGUUAAAGUAAAAACAAAAUUAUUUGCAUAAACAAUCGAAAAAUAUAUAAAUCCUGUACAAUUACUUGCCUUAAGUAUACCUUUUCGACAACAAGACAUUUUUUUUGCCUUUACUAGUGACCGAACUCAAAAAAAAAAAAAUUCGAAUAUUAUCGAUUUUGGAUGAUUUUACUUUUGUAAUAUGCUUUUGACAAUGGAAGGCAGUUGAAAUGCUAACAGGUCUUAUAUUCAUAUUAUAAUUUCAGUAUUUAUUACCAAGUAACCAUUUGUUCAGGGUAAAGCGGAGUUUGACAGCCAUAAAUUUCGCUCUACCAACUAACCAAGUGCCAACUAUGUAUAUUGAUGGUUUGAAUUUUCCGGGAAUAUGUUCGACUGCGUUAACUCCUCAACCAGCCAUUUGAGAAGUUAAUGACAGGUAUUACCACUUUUGUACAAGUAUCUUAACAGUUUACUAGAGUUGAAAUAGCCAAAUAUACAUUUUAUGUUAUACAA